AUGGCAAGCUCUGACAAGGACGACGGCGUGUCAUAUGUCCACCAGGACACGGGCACAGGGCUGCAGACCGCUGCUGGGCAGGGUCAAUAUGCCACAGACAAAUAUGGUCAGUCCCUAGUGGAGCUGGACCCAGCGGCGGAGGCCAAACUUCGACGCAAGAUUGACCUGAUGAUCGUCCCGACCGUGGCCCUGCUAUAUCUCUUCUGCUUCAUCGAUCGUGCUAACAUCGGAAAUGCCCGUCUUGCGGGACUCGAAAAGGACCUGAACCUCGUCAAGGAUGACUAUAAUGCGCUUCUCUCCAUCUUCUACAUCAGCUACAUCCUGUUUGAGAUCCCAGCAAAUAUCCUCUGCAAGUGGAUGGGCCCGGGCUGGUUCAUCCCCCUUACCUCCCUGGGCUUUGGUAUCUCAUCAAUUGGCACCGCGUUCGUGAAGACGGAAGCCCAGGCCUCCGGAGUCCGCUUUGUUCUUGGGAUUUUCGAGGCUGGAAUGUUACCUGGCAUUGCCUAUUACAUGUCUCGAUGGUAUCGACGAAGCGAGCUUGCUUUCCGCCUGGCGAUGUAUAUUGUCAUGGCGCCCCUAGCAGGUGCAUUUGGUGGGCUUCUUGCGUCGGCGAUCCUGAAGCUGCCGGGCUUUGGCAGUCUGCACACGUGGCGCAUGAUCUUCGGCAUAGAAGGCAUCAUCACCGUGGGCCUCGCGCUCAUUUCUUUCUUCACUCUUACCGACAGACCCGAGACCGCCCGCUGGCUCAGCCAAGAGGAAAAGGACCUCGCCGUCGCCCGCGUCAAGUCCGAGCGUGUCGGGCAGACACAGGUCCUCGACAAGAUUGACAAGACCAAGAUCUUCCGCGGCAUCUUCAACCCCAUCACGCUGUCCACAUCCUUCACCUUCCUGCUCAACAAUGUCACUGUCCAGGGCCUGGCCUUCUUCCUGCCGACCAUCGUCAAGACCAUCUAUCCGAAAGAGACCGUCAUCAAGCAGCAGCUGUACACAGUUCCCCCUUACAUCGUCGGCGCCUUCUUCACCCUACUCCUGCCUCUCAUCAGCUCCAGGAUCGACAGGCGACAGAUCUUUAUCAUGGGUGCCGCCCCCUUCAUAAUGGUCGGUUACAUCAUGUUCCUGGCCAGCGAGAACCCUCAGGUCCGCUACGGCGCCACUUUCAUCAUCACCGCAUCCGCAUUCAUGCUCGGUGCCCUCACCAACGCGCAAGUGAGCGCAAACGUCGUGAGCGACACAGCACGGAGCGCGGCGAUCGGCACAAAUGUCAUGUUUGGCAACAUUGGCGGACUGGUCGCCACGUGGAGCUUCUUCAGCUGGGAUGCACCAAACUACCACAUCGGUAACGGGCUCAACCUCGCUACCGGCAGCACCAUCCUGAUCACCGCCACCUUGACGCUGUUCUGGAUGAAGCGCGACAACCACAAGCGAGAGAACCGCAGCCUCGAGGAGGAGCUGGCGGGAUACUCUCCUGAAGAGGCCUCGGAUCUGGACUGGAAGCAUCCCGGCUUCCGAUGGCGGCCGUGA